CUUGGUUAUAGGCUGCCCAGCACAGACUGAUGUGAUCGAGGCAAGAAUCACCUGUAUUCUGGCAUUCAUGGUGACACACCACAGUGCGGUGUUGUGUGUGCCUUGGUCUUCAGCCCAUGGGGUCGGAGUGGGUGCAAAUGCGCAAGAGACAGAUGCAGGUGCACCAGGAAGCCACGGCCAGUGUCCUCCAAUCACAGCACAGAAUGGGGAAUGUGCCCAACGCCUCCAAUGCCUGUUGUUUCUGCUGGUGUUGCUGCUGCAGCUGCUCAUGUCUGACUGUCAGGACAGACGAUGAGAAGAUUCAAAAAAACACCUAUGAGAGGAGGACAGAGGGAAUCGCAAACUGUGACGACAGCCCUAAGCCCACUCUGGAAGAUGCAACGACGUGGACAAUGUCAUUUCAGAGGCUCAUGAAGAGCCCUGCAGGGCGGAGCUGCUUCCGUCAAUUUCUGAGGACAGAGUUCAGUGAAGAGAACAUGAUGUUUUGGUUGGCCUGUGAGGAGCUCAAAAAGGAGACCAACAAAACUGUGGUGGAGGAGAAAGUGAAACAGAUCUACGAGGACUUCAUCUCAAUCCUUUCACCUAAAGAGGUGAGUCUGGACUCACAUGUCCGCGACGUGAUAAACAAGAACAUGCUGGAGCCCACAUCCCACACAUUCGAGGACGCCCAGCAGCAGAUCUACACAUUGAUGCAGAGAGACUCAUACCCACGCUACAUAAACUCUACAACCUAUGCCGAUCUCUUGCGGGACCUUGCGGAACCCCCACCUACCACAGAGCCAUAGACUCACUAUCCAGCAACACUCACCCUAUAUAGGUGACGGUUGUGUCACAAUUCAAAAGAGAUGUUAGGUCCAGCUUUCUGUUGUUCCAAUGUAGAUUGAUCAUAAGGUUGUAUUUACGAAACUGUCUUUAUUAAGGCAAAACUAGUUGUUUACUGCCUUGAAUAUUGGCUUUCCAAAAACCCUCAAAGGGAGCGAGAAUAUACACUAGAUUUCAGAUUGCAAGAUGUUUCCAAAUAUAUUUAUAUUUUUAUAUAUUCCCUAGAGCUUGACAUUGCACUUUUCUAAUUUUAUGAGGGGAAAGCAUGUUUUACCAGUGAACACUGCAGUCCUGUUACAGUGUAUGGUCAGCCUGAAAGCGCUCUCACUUCUGCUUAGUGUCAUUUGGCGUCACUUAAUGUUAAGAUAUGGGAAAGUGCCUUGGCAUUAGAUAUCGUUUUCAACGACACCUUUAACGUAGUUUCAAUAAAAUAACACAAAAAUGGUGCAACAGUUAAACACAAUUGAUAUUAAAUGGUGGUGCUUUCAGCUCUUCUCAACUAGUUUAGGUACAGUGUGAUAUCAAAAAAUUACUUGCCUGUGGAAAAGGAUACUGAGAUCCUGACUUAGUCCUAUUUUUUCACACUAAACGUUAACAGGAAUAUAUAAUAAUUAGUAUGUGACCAUUCAUAUACUACACGUGUAU